CUGAGGCAACGGCAGCGGGAGAACAGCGGAGCGAGUUCACCGCGGUGCCAGCUGCCAACCCAGCCGCCGGCCGCCUCGCCCGCUCCGCCCCCCGCGGCCCUCGAGUGCCAGUUAGGCGGCCAGCAGGCGGCCGGGGCACCGAGCCCGCGCGGCGUCCCGCGGGGAAGAUGAGCGGCGCCAGCGCCAAGUCCAGCCACCUGUCCCAGCCCGUCGUCAAGAGCGUGCUGGUGUACCGCAACGGGGACCCUUUCUUCGCGGGCCGCCGCGUCGUGUUCCAUGAGAAGAAGGUGACCAGCUUCGACGUGUUCCUGAAGGAGGUGACGGGCGGCGUGCAGGCGCCCUUCGGAGCCGUGCGAAACAUCUACACCCCGCGCACCGGCCACCGCAUCCGCAAGCUCGACCAGAUCCAGAGCGGGGGCAACUACGUGGCCGGGGGCCAAGAGGCGUUCAAGAAACUCAACUACUUGGACAUAGGAGAAAUCAAGAAAAAACCAAUGGAAGUUGUUAAUUCAGAGGUAAAACCAGUAACACACAGCAAGAUCAACGUGUCUGCUCGCUUUAGAAGAACGCCUCAAGAACCCUGCACGAUCUUCUUAAUUGCAAAUGGAGAUCUCAUAAGCCCAGCCUCUCGCCUCCUCAUUCCUAGAAAAGCCAUGAAUCAGUGGGAUCAUGUCCUGCAAAUGGUCACGGAAAAAAUAACAUUGAGGAGCGGAGCUGUGCACAGACUCUAUACUUUAGAAGGAAAGUUGGUCGAGAGCGGGUCAGAGUUGGAGAAUGGACAAUUUUAUGUGGCUGUUGGCAGAGAUAAAUUUAAGAAAUUACCUUAUACUGAAUUGCUUUUUGACAAGUCAGCAGUGAGAAGGCCUUAUGGCCAGAAAGCCUCUUCACUACCUCCUAUUGUCGGAUCCAGAAAGUCUAAAGGGAGCGGAAACGAUCGCCAGUCAAAGUCAACCAUUGGAUCCGUCGAAAACCCCACACCUCAGCCCCCCAAGAGGAAAGGGAAGAAAGAAGAUGUUGGCGUAGCGAAAGCCACGAAAGGGAAACAGAAUGUGAAGUUGAAGAAGUCAGCUCAAGCGGCUCCAAACAGUGAUGACGGGAUUUUCAAAGCCGGAGCUGAGCGAUCGGAAACGCGGGGGGCAGCAGAAAUCCAAGAAGAUGAAGAGACUCAGGUUGAGGUUCCAGUCGACCAGAGGCCAGCAGAAAUAGUGGAGGAAGAAGAUGGAGAGAAAGAAAAGAAGGAUGGGGAACAGAAAGAAGACUUUUCGGGAAUGAAUGGUGACAUUGAAGAGGAAGGAGGCGGUGAAGCCCCUGAGCCAGCAGAGAAAGUUCCAGAUAAUAAAGAGGAGCAGGCAGGCCCUGCUCGUGUGAAUGGAGGAACCAAUGAAGAGAAUGGUGAGGAGCUGGACCAGGUUAAUGAGCAGCAGGAAGCAGAAGUCAAGUCUCAAGGGGCUGGCAAUGGACAAGAUGAGGCAGACUCAGACCCCCAGAGACCACCGAGGCCAGAAGUGAAAGUCACCGGUCCAGAGGAAAAUGAUAACAAUGAGCAAAGCAAGGAUGCUGCUACUGUAGCAUAGAGGAGUUUAUCAGAAAGAGAAUAUGUCGAUUAUAAGAGAAGAAUGAAGGGCAUAAUACUUGAACACUAAGCAUAUAGUUAUUGCUAAACAUAAUGUGACAAUAUGGUUGAAAGCUACCUACUGAAUUUUGAAACAAUAGCCUUUUGGAAAGACUAGAUGACUUUGGCUAAUUACUAAGGGAUAAUGACUUUUUUGGGGGUGGUGGUGUUUUAAAAAGUCAUUUAGACAAAUUAAGUAAAAGGAUAAAGGAGGAUUUGCACUGAGGACAAUUGGCAAUUUAUCUCUAUAAAAGAUAAAAAAGAAUAAGGCUAAUUCCUAUUAUAGACUUUCUUAUACAUUUAGAGAUUAUUAUAUAACAUUUAUUAUAGAGCACUUAACCUAAGAAAGCAUAGAGUUAUAGGAUGAUAGAAAAGCGUGUAUUAUUUUUCUAAAAGCAAUAAAAUCUUGAAGAAACAAA